AUGUUGUCAGAUCUACCCUUGGAAAUUCAAAUGAAACUCCUUUAUAUGGAUCCCGUAUCUUCGUUGAAGUAUACUAAUUCGCAUUUCUACUUGCUAUAUAAUGAUUUAUAUUAUAAUAAGAUCUUGAGUGUUUUUGGUAAAGAUAUAAUUCAAAUAAUCAUAAAGAUAUUACCAUGGCUUAAGCCAUAUAUCAAGAGUUUAGACGUAUUUAGAUAUAAAGCAAGAAUGGCAAUUGCAUCUAGAUUAGAAUUGGAAGAUUCCUCUACAUUCGAUAGUCCUGAAAAUCAAAAUCCAUUGAAUUGUAUGUACAUUAAAGAUUCCUGGAGAUACAUUUAUGCCGUUUUAAAGAAUAAACGAUUAUUUGCCGAAUAUAGUGAUUAUAAGAUUGAUGAACCUUCAAACUAUAUAUUUGAUCAUUAUGUUGAAAUCAAUAGAACUUAUUUGUUAUCAUACUCAAAGUCAGUUUGGUUAUCGCCCGGUACAUAUAAUUUGAAUAUUGGUUUAGCAAUCAAACAGGGAAGUGGAUUAGGGACAACUAAGUUUGAAGUCAAAUAUCGAGAUAGAAUUAAUAAUAAAUCAAUUGUUCAAACAUUUUAUCCUCCAACUAAUAUAAAUGAUAUCCUACCUAAAAACCAAUUUUGCUUUUUAAAAAUUGGAGAAUUUACCAUUCCUGAACCACCUCGUCCUAUAACUGAUGUACCUACAAGUCGGGAAGCAGAAGAGGAAGAUGAACCUGCUCAAUAUCAUAAUAAGCUUCAGAAAAUCCAAUUAUCAAUGGAAGAGAUUGGCUUGUAUCUUAAGUCAGGAUUCAGAAUAUAUUUCAUUGAUAUUUCACAACCUUCACUAUUAUUCAAUGAGUAUGAUUUGAUGUACUAUACGGUGAAUGAAACUGAUUUUCGAUAUUUCAUCAAUGUCCUCCUAAAGAACUUGUAUAAAGCACUCAACUUUGUUCAGAAUGGAGGUGUUUCUGAUGAUAACAGUGUUCAAUCAGUAGCUAAUUAUUAUGGUGGCGGAGAUCCAUAUGCUAUAAUAGAUAAAUAUGAUAAGCAAUUUCUUCAAGAUUUCAAUUCGCAUUCGGAAACACUAGAAGAUUUAAAGGAAGAACUAUCAAUGUAUGAUGAUAUUAAAUUAAUGAAAUAUGCUCAAUUCUUUUAUAAUAGUAGAUUUAAAAAGACAUAUUUCAAGUUUAGUACUAUUUAUCAAAGACGUCAAUUUAUAAACAAGUUUGGUGAUUUUGAACUAGAUUGGAAUGAAGAGGAAGAACAAAAGGGAAAAACUCAGAAUCAACAACCUCAAGAUUCAAAUUCAACCAAUUUGAAGAGAUGCUCUUACGAUAAAUUCGGAUUAAAAUGGAAGAUACCCAUAGUAGGUGAAUUGUAA